CCGGUGACCUUGACAAGGCCAAAUUAUGUGGACACAGGAAUUACAAAAUAGAGAAAAGGGUGGGGUAGGGUGAUACAUAUAUAUAUAUAUAUAUAUAGACAUAAAAGCAACAGAAGGUGCUCCAUAGAACUUUCCUGAAGCAGAACACAGAGAUGAGUCCCCUGGGAGCUGUUGUCACCCUCCUGCUCUGGGGGCAGCUUUUCGCCGUGGAUGUUGGCAAUGAGGUCACGGAUACUGCAGAUGACAACUGCCCAAAGCCCCCCACAAUUCCCAAUGGCUAUGUGGAAUACUCAGUGCGCUAUCAGUGCAAGCCCUACUACAGACUGCGCAGUGAUGAUGGAGUGUAUACCUUAAACAGUGAGAAGCAGUGGGUAAAUAAGGUCCUCGGAGAGAAACUUCCUGAAUGUGAAGCAGUAUGUGGGAAGCCUAAGAAUCCAGUGGAUCAGGUACAACGGAUUAUUGGUGGAUCGCUGGAUGCCAAAGGCAGCUUUCCCUGGCAGGCAAAGAUGAUCUCUCACCAUAAUCUUACUUCAGGGGCCACACUGAUCAAUGAGCAAUGGCUACUGACCACAGCUAAAAAUCUCUUCCUGGGUCAUACAGAUAAAGCCAAAGCAGAAGACAUUGCUCCUACUUUAAAACUCUAUGUGGGGAGAAGGCAGCUUGUGGAGAUUGAGAAAAUAGUUCUCCACCCUAACUCCUCCAAGGUAGACAUUGGGCUCAUCAAGCUCAAAAAGAAGGUGCCCAUUGAUGAGAGAGUAAUGCCCAUUUGCCUACCUUCAGAAGACCAUCUGAAAUUGGGGCGUGUGGGCUAUGUGUCUGGCUGGGGGCGGAAUGCCAACUUAAUGUUUACUGAUCGGCUGAAGUAUGUCAUGUUGCCUGUGGCUGACCAAAAACAGUGUAUCGAGCACUAUGAAGGCAGCACAGUGCCUGAAGAGAAGAAAGAGCAGAGCCCAGUGGGGGUGCAGCCCAUACUGAAUGACUAUACCUUCUGUGCUGGCCUGUCCAAGCAUGAGGAAGAUACCUGCUAUGGUGAUGCUGGUAGUGCCUUUGCCAUUCAUGAUGAGGAUCAGGACACCUGGUAUGCAGCUGGGAUCCUGAGCUUUGACAAGAGCUGUCAGGUGGCCCAGUAUGGUGUGUAUGUGAAGGUGCCCUUGAUCUUGGACUGGGUGAAGGAAACUAUUGCCAGCAAUUAGUUCAAGGAUGACUGGAAGCCCUUGGAUGAAAGCAAGAUAUAACUAUGGAAGGGGGAAACUGGAUGGGAUUAAGGGAAUAAAGCACAAGGUUCAGCUGAUGGUCCUAGUGUUUAAUUAAUAAAAAGUUUUCUUUUGAAUGA